AUGAUCUAUCCCAACGAAUUGGUGCGCUAUAAAAACACCAAUUUUGAACACCCCAAAGGAUUACAAAUCUUUAGUGCAUUUUUAUCCCAAAGUCGACGUCAUAAAAGGAAGCCCAACCUACCAAAAAAGAAUCCAUCAAUUUGCAAGGAAUGUUUUCACGGCAUCCAAUAUAUAUGGGAGCCAGGAGCCCGCUGGUCAGUGCGCAUUUUUUGGUGCUUGGUACUGGUUAUUGCCUUUGCCGGUUGCAUCACCAUGUAUACCAUGUUGACACAACGUCACCACGACCAAGUCUUGGUCACCAUCGUAGACACCCCCCGUCUGCCUAUUUAUGAAAUACCAUUUCCUGCGGUGGCUCUUUGUCCCUUCAAUCACAUCAAUUGGAUACGUUUGAAGGCAGCCGAAGAAAAAUUCCUACCCCACAAUGCCACAGAAGAGAUGCAUAAAGCAUUCUAUGAGCUUUUGGUGGCUCUAGAUAAUGUCAACUUGUCCUUGCUAGUAAACCUAGCGAAUUUUGUAAGUCGCAUCUCCACACCUACUGUGGUUCAGAAUAUCGUCCUCCAGGAUUUAUUGCAAUUUAUGGCGUUCCGUUGUAAUGAGGUAUUCACUGCGUGCAGGUUCGAUGAAACCGAAAUGGACUGCUGUAAGAUUUUUGUAAGGGAACACACAGAGAAGGGUGUUUGUUUGGUCUUCAAUUCCCUACUAUCGGAGGAGUCAAGGAUUAAACAGUUAACCGAUGUUUUUUAUCCCUGGAGAGUACGAGGAGCGGGUGAAGAAUCCAGCUUGUCAUUUAUAUUACGCUACAAUGCAAGUCUUAUGAGACCAAAUAGCACUCAUCUUUUUAAGUUUAGUGUGAUGAUAAAGGAAGCCUAUGAAUGGGGUGAAACCUUAUACCACAUUCUUUAUCCAUUUAAUCACAAUGAUAUAAGGGUAACACCGAUUAUGACGGAAACUUCGUCAAAUGCCCGCGCUGUGAGUCCGGAACAACGAAAAUGUUUAUUCUCGGAUGAAAAAUCCGAUAAAUAUGAGCGAAUCGAUGGUCUGCCUUACAACAAAUUGAAUUGUCUAGCCCAAUGCCAGCAUAGAUAUGUGAUGAAACACUGCAACUGUUCUAUGCCCAUAUUUUUCCACAAAAUUCAUGUCUUCAACUACUUGAAAGCACCCCAACAGGAUUUGUAUAUAAACGAUACCAGGCGAGGUAUGGAAUGCGAUUGCGUGGACGACUGUUUGAGCGUUGUAUUUUUGGUUGCAGUCAAUGCUCAAGGUUUUCCCAGUGGCUAUAUAAAUAAAUCGGUACCAGAGAUAAUUGCUCACAUCUACUAUACCAAGAAUACUCUGACGAAAUAUGAAGCGCGCCUGGAGUUCACCAAUAUGGAUUUAUGGGCAUAUUUUGGUGGUGUUUUAGGUCUAUGUUUGGGAGCCUCAAUGUUAAGUUUUGCGGAAAUUGUCUACGCCAUGGUUAGAUUUGCAAUUCGUUGGUUAAUAAACAAGUGGAGGAAGACACGUCAACUGAAUCGUGUUGAAAAUAUUCGCUCCCUACAAACUAUAAAAGAUUAUAAUGCCCUGUACUACAGUGGCUGUGUAGGCUAUAAAAAAACAGCAAGCACCGAAUUAAUCCGCGAACAGAAGAUAACCGAGUACCCGCCAGAGAAUCCAAUAAUCACCUACCUGGGUGUUACAAAUAAAUACACUUAG